AUGACGAGUACUAUUAUCUUAAAUCGCAAUAACAUUGUUUCCAAUGGGUUGAAUAAUACAUUUAGAUUUAAUUUUACCGGAUCAAGCGUGAAUUUCAAAAACCAAGAAAUUGCUCUGUCAAGCCUGCAGAUUUACAACUCUCAAUUCAACAUUAAUGGAAGUUUAUACAGCAAUAACACAUUCAGCGUUUUAGUUCCAACCGCAGCAACCUAUCAAACGGUUUCCAUUACGCUUCCCAAUGGAUACUAUUCGUAUGAAGAUAUAUCAAACUAUAUUGAGUCUCAGUUAGUUAGUAUCGGUGCAUACUUAAUUGAUUCUCAAGGUAAUAACGUUGUAUAUAUCGCGAUGAGAGAAAACGCAACGUACUAUUCUUGCGAAAUCACUUGCUUGGCAACACCAACUUCUGUUCCAAGUGGAUAUUCACGUCCAUCGACAGGUUUAUACUCAUUAACUGGAACUGGAUUACCAACCGCUACUAAUACUACCCGAGUCACUGUUUCAAGUAAUGGAUUUUCAAAUGUGAUUGGAUUCAGUCCAGCAACGUACCCAUCAAGUAUUCAAACAACCGAUCAAGUACUUUUGAGCAAUAUCUCCCCACAAGUUAAUCCCGUCAGCAGUUAUUUAAUUCGUUCUAAUCUUAUUAACAAUCGGAUUAGCACACCCCCUGAUAUUCUGACUUCGUUUAGUCCUCAAGGGACAUCAAUUGGUCAGUUGAUCUCAAUUCAGCCACCUGAAUAUCAAUGGCUUUUGAUUAACGAUGGAGCAUACAGCAACAUUACUCUGAGUAUCGUUGAUCAAGACUUUAAUAAUGUAAAAUUUGAAGACUCCAAUUCAUUGAUUAUGCUAUUAAUUCGUGAUAGGAAACAAUAA